AUGAAUAAGCUGGCAAACAUGCGCCACUGGUCCGAAAGGAUGAGCCCAAACUUCGGAAUGGGCCGACCCAGCGUCCCCAUGAACAGCCUGAGCAAGAACGUCUCCCAACCCGGCCUUCCUCUGACUUCUCCCGCCCCCGAUGCCACGAUACACUACUCGUUCAACAUCCCGUUCGCCUCCGAUCUCGUCGGCCCCAAUACGGAAGACAUCCUCCACGCCACUACCGACGCUGUCCUGAGAUGGACGCACCCCGAGGAUGCACCGGAUGACGUCCAGGUCCACGAGCUCCCUGUCCACGCCCAGAAUCUGGCAAACCUGCGCGCGCUCUGUGCGGAUUUGUCCAGCGGACCGCUGCCUAUCGAGGCCCAAGUUCUCGUCUCGUCCCCGAAGAACGGCAAGAGCCAGCAGAUCACCACCGUCUGCCUCACGGGAACCCCGGACCUGGUCAACAAGAGCCGGGAGACCAUUUUGAACGAGAUUCCCAUAUCCAUGCGUUGUACCACGAUUGACGUUGAAGGAAGCUUGGUCUGUGACCUGAGCGCUGGUGUGCUCAAAAAGCCCGUCCUCGAGACCCUGGACUCCAUCUCUAGCUACUGUGGCGUCGACAUCUUUCUCCUGGGCCCGAAACUGACCCCUGUGGUUGAUGGCAUGCUGGGCGAUUCCGAGAUGCGGAUGGAUCAACGCUGGAGAGUUGCCAUCUACGGUGAUAUCCUGUCGUCUGAACAUGCAAAGGCCCGGGUCCUCAUCCAGAUUGACUCUUGGCUUGGCCGCGUAGUAGAUGUCACCAAGAUCGAAUUGCCGUUCCAACAAGUUGUCUGUGGCCGCCAUCGCAAAAACAUCAAGCUCAUUGAAUCGUCAACCGGGACAGCCAUCUAUUUCCCUCCCAUGUUCUCGCAGAUGUACCGAUACUGCCCGCCCAAGGCAAAUCGCCGCGACCCCUCAGACAUCUACAUCACCGGCGAGACUCCCCAGGCCAUCGAAAUGGCCAAGCAAAAGCUCCAUGACACGGUCUCUCGCAUUCGCCUCUUCUGCAAGGAUGUCAACAUCCCGCCCGCAAAGUUGGACAACAUUCUGCUGGGACGCCUCGACAAGGUCCGCAAGAUCCUCGAGGCCAACGCCACGUACAUCAUGCUUCCUCCAUUGGCGUGCCAGCGUUCGGUGGUCCGAGUCCAUGGAAACGAAGGUCUGCCUGUUGAACGAACUGUCCGGGAACUCAUGUCUCUGGCUGGCCAGUUUUAUGGCGCCGGAUGGUAUGUUCAACAGCCAGAUCCCAGAAACCUCCCCGCUCCUCAUGAGAUCUACCCCAUGCUCGCCGACAUCUGCGCCAACUCUGACGCCGAAGUGUCCUUUGACAAGGCGAGCUUUUCCGUGACUGGCUCCGAUGAUUCUGUAAAGUCUGCCUUGGCUACCAUCUCUCAGCUGAAGUUUGCAACCAUGUCUCAGUAUCAGAUCCGUGUCAAGAUAGAGCUGGCCAACGAGCACAAGGAGUUUGUGAGUGGUAAGAAGAACGGCAAGAUCAACAAGAUCAUGGGACAGAGCAACGUACAGAUCAUUUUCGACGGUUUCAACGAAUACAACUUCAACAUCGAUGUCAUGGCUGCCAGUUACGAUUCCAUGAAACAAGGUCUGACCUUGGUUGAACAGGAGAUGCCCGCUUCAAUCUCUUUCCAUGUCCCCGACCAGUACCAUAAGCGUAUCAUUGGCAUUGGCGGUCAGCACAUUCAGCGUAUCAUGAAGAAGCACUCCGUCUUUGUCAAGUUCUCCAAUGCUAUGGACAGAGGGGGAAUGGGUCGCGAAGACGAUGAUAUCAAAGUCGACAAUGUCAUUUGCCGUACUCCGGCACGCAACGCCCAGAAUCUCGAUGCCGUCAAGAACGAGAUUCUCGAAAUGGUUGACCGAGCUGAUUCCGAGUAUACUUCUCAGAUCGUUAGCGUCGAUCGGCUGUACCACCGCGAGUUGAUCGCUCGCCUUUCGGAGAUUGACGAGCUUGAGCAGAAGUACAACUGCAAAAUCAACUUCCCCAGCACUGAGCAGGCGAGUGACGAGGUCACUGUCACUGGUCCUCAGUGGCAGGUGCCUCAUUGCGUGGACGAGUUUCUCGGCAUGGUUCCAGACAAACAUGAGCUGGUGCUUUCUCGCAACGCAAAGUUGGUCAAGUUCCUCGAGUCUCCCGAAUUUGCGCAUGAUCUUGUCCCCAAGCUGAAGUGUCAGUACGAGGUGGAAGUCACCGUUCAUCAGAACCCUGAUGAGACUACGGAGGAUGGCUCUCCCACUACGACUCUCGUCUGGGGUUUCACGCGCAACAAUGCUGGAGGUCUCCGGGACGCGAUUGAUUUCUUGCUUGCGCAGUUUGCCACGGCCAAUGUCGAGACGGAUAUCGUCAAAGGUUCCAUCCCGCGUCCCAAGUCUGAUUCGUUUGAAGACACGCUUCAGUACUUUGACUCGAAACUGCUCCAGCACGCGCCCGCUUCGGCGGCCAACGACUCUCCCAUCAAGAAUGCCUUCAACGCCGACAUUGCUCGAGAGCGUAGCAGCAUCCUUGAUCGACUCAGGAGGCCCGGCAGCAUGACGUCCAUUUCCUCGUUCCUGGAUCGCAGAAAGAACAGCUCGCACUCGGCCACCAGCAGCUUCUUCAAGGGCUCGGCGAACGUUUCCAAGUCGUCGCUCAUCUCGAUCGAGUCCACCCGCAGCUUCAACGCCGACCGCAACCCCUGGAACGACAGUGGGGUGAAUCUCGCCGACGACGAGAACCCCUGGGCUCGCCCCGUCAGCAACCACCACUUCGACAGCAAGCUGUCCAUCCCCCACCCCAAAGACAUGAUGGGUUCCCGCCACGCUACCCGCGCGUCUGGUGAUAGCGGGAGACCUUCUACUUCACACUCUAUGAAUUCAGGAUACCCCGGCCCCAUUGGGCCUUUCCGUUAG